CCGAAUCGUAUCGUGUGAGGGGUUGUUUUACUCUACUCUAAAAAUAUACCGUAAUAAGUUUUUAACAAGAAAAGCUUCUUUCCUGUCAGAAUGGACAUAAAAAUCAUAUAAUUUUUUUGUAAUUUAAGUGUCAAAUAAGUUAUACAGUAAAUAAUACAAAUGCUUAGGUUUUUUAUUUAAAUUUUAUCAAAUAAAAUAAUCAUUUCUGUGAAUUCGCGGUACCUUAAAGUGCUGUUAGGUAUUUUUUGUGAUGAAUACCUGUUGUUAACAGAAUAUGGUGACAAUUAGACAUCAAAUUCAGUUAAAACAUUGUUAAAAUUGGAUGGGAUUGUCCUACUGGCGGGUAGCGUCGGUGUGAUGGUGCGUGAGGCCACAGUGCUGCUGCUGGCGGUAGCACUGUGCCGCGCCGCCACCACACUCGACUCCGAGCUGGGCGUCGGGAAGGCUAUCAACAUAUUCAUGAGAUAUGGAUACCUCAGUAUCUGCAUGCGCGUCGUGCCACGUAAUGACACCGACGGCUGGGUGUUCCGGGAGCCGACAGUUAGCGUGUUCAGAGAUGUGGAGCGCUUCACCCUCGCGCCCGCGCCCCGACAGCCGAAGACAUUGUUCGAUGGCGACUUCCACAUGGAGUUCUGCGAUAACUUGAAGCAAUUGUUGCAAGCGUAUUUUAGAGAUUUUAGUUUUGAAAGGUUGGAGAGGCCGUGGCGGGCUUUCACUGCGGGCUGGCCCACUGAUAUCAUGGCCAGGAACUUGGGCAUCAACUCUUCAUUCAUCACCGGAGAUCACUGUUACGUUCUCGUCAGGGUGUCCAGGUUCCGUGAAACAGCCAAACUAAGCGAGUUGCCAUCGACAAUCGGCGUGGAGGACGUUGUUUACGACGCGAUACAGGAGUCAGCUAUAGGCGACACUGUAUCCAUCGCUGAUUUUAUCAGGAAGUACGGCUCGCAUUACAUCGCUUCAUACAUCACUGGUAACUCUUUAUAUCAGGUGUUUGUGUUCUCUCGCGGAGUGUACUCGAGGAUAAAGGAGCGCGUCAAGUCGCAAGGCGUCAAAGACAUACCGUCCAGCGAGAUGAACAACUUCUUCUCGCCCUUCUUUGCCGAGCACGUUGGCGCGGUCAAGGUAUUUGUAUUCUCUAGAACCGCAUACUCCAUGAUCAAAGAAAGAUUAAAAAGCAAAGGAGUUGCUGAUAUUACAGCCAAGGAAUUAGAGGGAUACUUCUCACCAUGGCAUGCUAAACAUAUCGGCCAAAUCAAGGUGGCGAGUGGUAACAAAACAGUUGAAAGUUGGGCUAUGAAGCGUCUUCGAGUUCAUUACUACAUAUUCUCAUAUCCCAGUUUAUUAAAACUACACGGGGAGCCAACAUUGUUAAGAAAUCUUGACACGCUACUAGGGAACGAAGCUCUAUUACAAUUAGAGUUAAAGACAUUAUCACCAGCUUUUAAAGACGUGAAGAAGAAAAAGUGGUUUGAAGAAGUGAUAGACAAUUAUUUAAAACUAUGGGAAAGUAAUAUGUGAUACACAAUCAUGUUAUUAAUUAUAAAUAGUUCAAUAACCUUUUUGCGAGUCCAAAAAUGUUACGAUGAUUUUUUUAGAAGAAAUAUAUAUUUUUAUAACGAAAGUUAAAUAAAAUUCGGACAUAUUUAUUGAAUGAAAUGAC